CAACAAUUGUGUCAGGUGUUUAUGUGUUGUGCAAAGAAAUAAUUAAAACGAACAAGAAGAAGAAUAUAAUGUAAAUAUUUGUUUUCAAUGUACUUUUCCCAAUUGAUUGAAAAGUGAGUUCAUUGAAAUUUUUCGGCUAAAACGCAGAGAGUCAUUUAUCGUUGACCUGCCUGCUGCAAACAUUAGAAAAAAAGAAAGAAAGCCUGAGCUAAGUUCUUGAAAAAGAAAAAAGUACUUCUAAAAUUGAGAAAAAAACAACAAUUUUAUGGAUUCCAAGGCCAAUAACAUUUCUGAACCCAGUUUAAGUCAAUACUUCGCUAAUGAUCCGCCUAGUUUUUUUGAUGAAAUAGCCGCUAAUAAAGCAUCUGUCAGUGAGAGUGCAACGGAUGGAACAAAUGCAUUGGCAACGAAUUGCCAAAAUCAAGGCAUUAAAGCGACUGCUGGCCCCAAUUCUUUACAAUCAAAUUUUGCCAACAUCACAUCGCAGUCAACUCCCAGUACAGGAACUAUAGGGAAUUUAACCAGCCAUACUUUCAGUGGGGGUUUCAAACCGCCAGAAUAUAUCGAAAAUCCAGGCGAACUGGAAGAGGACUUAAAGGUACCAGAUCAAGUAAGAAACUUUUGGGAGCCUCCACAUACUGAACCAGGAGUACCGCCUCUGUUAACGAUGCCUGGCAUACGAAUAGCUAAUGAUUUGCCUGAUUUAAUAGCGGCCGCCGUUUCAGAACACUUAGGUAAUCAAGAGUUAUGUUUACGUAAAAUUUUAAAUGCUGAUAGUGUUACCCAAGAUGAAAGAGGUCUGCGCUCUUUGAUAGCGGCUGGUUGCUAUAGAGCUGCCGUAAAUCUUACCGGGCGUUUAUUAACUAUCUAUGGUCAAGGUUAUGGCAGAGCAGGUCAGCCAUCCAAACAUUCACCUCACUCUCUCCAAUUGUGGUUUACGCGCUUAACUUUGUUAGCUAAAUUGGGAGAAUAUGAAUUGCUACAACAAGAAGCUGAGCCAUUCGAAUUAUUAAAUCGCUCCGAUGUAUACUAUGAGUUUUAUUCCGAAAUGUAUCCUGAUAAAACUGGUUCAAUAGCUAGUUUUUCAUUUCGUCUAUUAUUGGCGGAAUUGCCAAUUUACUUGGGAAAUCCGCAAUUAGCAUUGGAUCGUCUUUCCGAAUUGUAUGUAAUUUGUAACGAAAUUAAACAAUAUUACAACGAAAGGCAACCACCAGAGGCCCAGGAGUUUUGGAAAAAACGCGAAUUAAGGGUUUUGCAUGCCAUAGUAAACUGUGCUUUAAUUAUGAAAAAAUUCAACUUAAUUGACGACAUAUUAAGAAGCAUGAUCUUCGAUCGUUCCGAUUUAAGCAAGGAAGAGAGACGGGCUUUAUUUUCUGCGUGGGGUCGUAUCUAUCUACAAAUCGGCGAUAUUUUCGGUGCAGAACAAAAAUUUGCUGAAGCCCGUCGCUUACGAAAAAUUUACUCCCAACCCGAUUUACGUGAUUUGGUUGAUAAAGGUCUUAUCACAGUGGCCAAAAAUGAUUUCCCUGAAGCUUAUGCCACAUUCCAGAAGGCUCUGCAUUUGGAGUCGGGUAAUACAAUGAUAUUAAACAAUAUGGGGGUUUGCCUCCUGUAUGCCGGUAAACUCAAAGAUGCUAUCAAUCUUUUCGAAAGGGCAAUUAAUCUAAAUCCGCAGAAGUCCCUCAACGAAAGUUUAUUAGUUAAUCUGUCAACUCUAUAUGAACUGGAAUCAAAUCAUUCCAAAAAUAAAAAACUAAACUUAUUGCGUUUAAUUAAUCGCUAUAAGCCUGAUUUAAACAUAAGCUUGGAAAUUUGCUUGAAAUUACAAGCUAUCAAUUAACGAAAUUAGCCAUCCUUUAAGGGCGAUUUAUUAUAUAUGUUUUAAAGAUGUUUUCAUAUGUUUUAAACUUUCAGUUAAAAUAAAUCGAAAAAUUCAAGUGCGAGCAUCAUUGGAGUAGUCAAUUGCUUUUAACC